CGUCCUGCCGGUUUUAUAUAACCGUAGUGUCUGAAACAUAGGUAGAUAGCUAAUGUUUGCAGACUUCAUGCCCUGCCACGUAGUUCGGUAGGCAACUACAAAAGAAAAGAAAUCGGCAUCUGUUUUUCUACACACUGAGAUGUCAAAAAUGAUCGUUAUUUCAUUCAGGCAUUUUGUAGGCACUUAAGUUUACGGAAGAACAACUGUUGAAAGUGCACGUACUUGGAUGGAUCAGAGAAAUAGCAUUAUAUUAUUUUUUCUACAGAAAUAACAGAAUUGAGAGAAUUGACUGAAAUAAAUAGUAACUUUUCUUCAAGCAAGACGAAGAAUCAAAAUGCCGUUAUUUGGCCAAAAUCCAUUUGACCAGGAUGUUGAAAAGGUGACAAAUGAAAACAACACAGCAGAUGACUGGGCCCUCAUUAUGGAUAUUUGUGACCGUGUUGGGACAACACCUAAUGGAGCGAAGGAUUGUCUCAGGUCGGUUAUGAAGAGAGUCAAUCACAAAGUCCCUCACGUAGCCAUGCAAGCAUUAACAUUGCUUGGUGCUUGUGUUGCAAACAGUGGAAGAAUCUUUCAUCUAGAAAUCUGCUCCAGAGAGUUCGCCAGUGAAGUACGAACCGUGUUAAUCAAAGCUCAUCCCAAAGUGACCGAGAAGCUUAAAAGCCUUAUGGUGGAGUGGGCCGAUGACUUCCAGAAAGAUCCGCAGCUCAGCCUCAUUGGUGCCACCAUCAAAUCUCUGAAGGAGGAGGGAGUGAGCUUCCCCUCCUCAGGCUCUAAGAGUACCAGCACCAGCAGCAAGUCCACCAGCACUGCAGCCACCAGCCGAACAUCUGAUGAUGACGACCUUGCCAAAGCCAUUGAGCUGUCCUUACAGGAACAGAAACAGCAGGCCGAGACCAGACCCCUCCUUGUGACCCCUGACCCACCCUUCAACACCAACAGCGUCAAGGAGACGCGCAAAGUGCGCGCCCUUUAUGACUUUGAAGCGGCUGAGGACAAUGAACUCACCUUUAAGGCUGGAGAGCUUGUCCUUGUCCUGGAUGACAGUGAUCCCAACUGGUGGAAAGGAGAAAACCACAGAGGAGUAGGACUUUUUCCAUCUAACUUUGUCACAAAUAACCUAAGUGCAGAAGCCGAGCCAGACACAUAUGUGGAGAAGACGCAGGUCCCCGAGGAGCCCGUCACGGAGGCAAAAGCAGAACCCGAACCCGUGUAUAUAGAUGAGGAGAAGAUGGACCGAACCUUGUGUUUGCUCCAGAACACAGACCCUGCUGUAGCCGAGCCUGACUCUGCUGAGUUGGUCACACUGGAAGGUGCUUGUGCACAGAUGAACCCACUUAUUGAUGAAAAAUUGCAGGAGAUCGACAGGAAGCACUCGGAGCUGUCUGAGCUGAAUGUGAAGGUGCUGGAAGCUCUGGAGCUCUACAACCAGCUGAUGAAUGAGGCUCCACUCUAUUCGGCCUACUCAAAGAUGCAGCCCCCCACGAGCGUUUAUCCACCCGCACCCCCUGCUGUGGCCAUGCAGAGUUACCCAGGACAACCAUCAGGGGCCUACAUGCCCGGCGCUGCACCCCAAGGCUACGGUCUGGGCUCAGACCAGGCUGCCUCCCUCUGCUCCCUGCCCCCGACGCUCAACUCCACAGCCACCGGUCAGCCAGUGCAACCCCCCUACAUCAGCACGGGAAUGGCGGUACCGUAUAUCAACCAAGCCCCUGGCUCUUUCCCGCCACAGAUGGGUGUGGCCAUGGACAUGUCUGCCUAUCAGAACGCUAAUCCCGGUAUGCCUCCGGCGUCCUAUCCGCCGGCGGCUCCUGCCCACCCGGGCCCUCAGCAGCAGCAGCCGGCGGCCUACUACCAGCAGCCCCUCCUGUGAAGCUGAGCUGUGCAGGCAGUCUACAGCUGUGCUUUUCCCGGCCAGCGAGAUUGGCCUGAAUGUUUGUUUUUCCUCUGUCCGUGAUUGACGGCAAGGGUGUAUUGAGGUAGCUGGUAGACAUUUGGCUCGGCGGUGACCCACUACAAGAAUGAUGCGUUGUUCACGUAAGGAAUACCUAGCGCUCUAGCUCAAGAAGGACGCCGUCCAGACACGUUAUUUUCUUUCAUCUCCUCCCCUACCCUCAUCAGCCUAUUUAAUUUUAAUGUCUGUUUUGUGUGUCUCUUUGUUGUAUUUCCCUUUUUUAAGUUAUAUUGACCUUAACCUAAGAUCUUGAAGUACAUUUGCACCAUAACACAAACUAGCCUGCGUAAAUGUUUUACUUAAACAAAUCUUCAGGUUCGCUUUUGUUGCUUUAUGGCUAGUGCUGUAUUGACCCGACAAAUCUCUUUUCCAGAAAACUGACAGCUUGAUUUAUUUUUUUUUCACACAUUCUUAGCGCCUGUGCAAAGAUAAAUAAGUCUUUAUGAAGAUGCGACAAGUAAGCAACAAAUCAAUCACCAAAAUGGCUGAAAUAAAUGAAUGUGCCAUGAGGUUUUGCAUUUUGGUUACAUUCAGGUUUACAUUUAGGAGCCUGAAUGUGUCCGAGAUCAGAGCUGCGUGAGAGAACAGAUGCAAACAGCACUGAGAGGCCAUCGCGGUAGUCUAGCUGUGGAAGUACGCUCCUAAAACGGGCUCCACGUCAGCUGGAAGAAAGCACAAAUGCAGUCCCUUUCCUAAUCUUGUGUGUGUUGUGUACAAUUAUCAUCUAAAUAUGAACGUGCUGGUAUUUUGCUUUGAGGGUGUUCACUUUUGCUGGAGUUCUAAUUUGACCUUUUAUAAAACUUACUCUAAAGUUACAGAAAAUAAAUUAAAUAAAUAAAUAUAUAUGUAAUCUAUAUAUCUGAGCUUUAAUAGGAAAUGGGAAAUGAUUUCUUUAAUGGUGUUUGUGUGAGCUGAAAUGGUUGCUGUUGGAUAGAAAAUGUUCCAUUUAUUAAAUAUUGUUUGCAAUGAUGGCUGUAACCUCCUCUGACCAAACUCAUCACUAUUGCUGGUUGGCUUCUUUGCUUUCUUCCCAGCGUUUAAACAUGAUUAAGAUGAUGUUUCUGUUAAGUGUAUUGAGGAAGGUCUAGUGUUUGAGUAAUAUUUACAAAGCCCCCAUGCAGAACUCUAUGAACGUUAUUUUCCUAAUCUGCCUCAGUUAUUGUACAUUAUUUGUAUACUAUUUGGCAUUGCUCUGCUGCACCUUAUCCUAGUAAAUGCACCACCAGAUGCCUUGUUCUAUCAGAUGUCUGUCAGAUGAUGCAAGUAAAAUAAGAGAUACAAAUGCAAUUUAUGGAAAUAAUUUUAGAUGCUGCUGUAUAUCUGUAAACCUGAAUAUUUUAUGAGAUAUGGAGGUAAUGUUUCUUGGCCUGUACAUUUCUGGCUGAAUCAAUGUUUUAUAACAUGAUUGCCCAUAUUCUCUUAUGUAUUCUUAUUUUUAAAAGGUUACUUUUUGUAAUAGUGAAAUCUAAUAUCUUUCAGAAUAAAAUGGCCCCGUGUUUCAAA